AUGGCAUUCCUCUGGAUCUUCUUGCUAGUUUUCCUGGGCUCAGGUUCUGGAUGUUAUCAUCGGAUCUGCCACUGUUUUGACAGGGUUUUCAUCUGCCAAGAAAGCAAGGUGACCGAAAUUCCUUCAGACAUUCCUCGCGACGCUGUUGAAUUGAGGUUUGUCCUCACCAAACUUCAAGUCAUUCCAAGAGGAGCAUUCUCAGGAUUCGGGGACCUGGAGAAAAUAGAGAUCUCUCAAAAUGAUGCUUUGGAAGUAAUAGAAGCUGAUGUAUUCUCCAACUUACCAAAAUUACAUGAAAUAAGAAUUGAAAAGGCCAAUAACCUGGUGCUCAUUGACCCUCAGGCCUUCUGGAAUCUCCCAAGCCUCCGAUACCUAAAUGUUUCCAACCGAGUAAAAUUCAAAUUCUUUUGUUUUGCAUUCCAGAACCUUCAUAGUCAAUCUCCUCUCCAGAAAGUGAUGCAAGAUAUUCAAGAUAACAUCAAUAUCCAAAUGAUUGAAAAAAAUUCGUUUGCAGGACUAAGUUCUGAAAGUGUGAUCCUAUGGCUGAAUAAGAAUGGAAUUCAAAAGAUACAGAACCAGGCAUUCAAUGGAACCCAACUGGAUGAGCUGAACCUAAGUGAUAAUAGUAACCUGGAAGACUUACCUAAUGACAUUUUCCAAGGAGCCAAUGGACCAGUCAUUCUGGAUAUCUCCAGAACAAGGAUCCAUUCCCUUCCCAGUGAUGGCUUGAAAAAUCUUAAGAAACUGAGAGCCAGGUCAGCUUACAACUUUAAAACUCUCCCCAAUUUGGAAAACUUUGCUGAGCUAGUGGAAGCCAAUCUCACCUACCCCAGCCACUGUUGUGCCUUUGCAAACUGGAGACGGCAAGUCUUUGAGCUACAUCCAAUUUGCAAUAAAUCUUCUGUAAGACAAGACAGUGAUGAUUUGGCUAUGGAUCAGGGUCAUAGAAGAUCUGUGGAAGAAGAGUUUGUAUCAAGCCUUGACAAAGGAUUUGACAUAACAGAAACUGAAUUUGACUAUGACUUAUGUAAUGAAGUGGUUGAUGUUGCUUGCUUUCCUAAGCCAGAUGCAUUUAACCCAUGUGAAGACAUCAUGGGAUACAACUUCCUCCGAGUCCUCAUCUGGUUCAUUAGCAUCCUGUCCAUCACUGGCAAUAUUGUGGUGCUCGUGAUCCUGAUCACCAGCCAGUACAAGCUCACUGUCCCCCGGUUCCUUAUGUGCAAUUUGGCUUUUGCUGACCUUUGCAUUGGUGUCUACCUACUGCUUAUUGCCUCAGUAGACGUCCACACCAAAAGUCAGUACCACAACUAUGCUAUUGAUUGGCAAACUGGUGCAGGCUGUGAAGCUGCAGGUUUCUUCACUGUUUUUGCCAGUGAACUCUCAGUCUACACAUUGACAGCCAUCACCUUGGAGAGAUGGCACACCAUCACCUAUGCUAUGCAACUGGACCGCAAGGUGCGACUCCGCCAUGCUGCCAGCAUCAUGUUAAUAGGAUGGAUCUUUGCCUUCUCAGUUGCCCUCUUGCCCAUUUUUGGUAUUAGUAGCUACAUGAAGGUGAGCAUCUGCCUGCCCAUGGAUAUUGAUAGUCCCUUGUCACAAUUAUAUGUUAUAUCUCUUCUUGUUCUCAAUGUAUUGGCUUUCAUAGUCAUCUGUACUUGUUAUACCCACAUCUACUUCACUGUGAGGAACCCCAACAUCAUCUCCUCCACCAGUGAUACCAAGAUUGCCAAGCGUAUGGCCAUGCUAAUUUUCACUGACUUCCUCUGCAUGGCUCCCAUCUCCUUCUUUGCCAUCUCAGCUUCUGUCAAGAUGCCACUCAUCACUGUGUCCAAGUCAAAGAUACUUUUGGUUCUGUUCUAUCCCAUCAACUCCUGCGCAAAUCCCUUCCUGUAUGCUAUCUUCACCAAGACUUUUAGAAGGGAUUUCUUCAUUCUGCUGAGCAAGUUUGGCUGCUGUGAAAUUCAGGCUCAGAUUUACAGGACAGAAACCUCUUCCACUGCACACAAUUCCCACCCAAGGAAUGGUCAGUGUCAUCCAAUGGCCAAAACCAACAGUGGAGCUAUUUAUACACUUGUUCCUCUUAACCAUUUGCCCUGA